AUGAGAGAGCAGCUUAGCUUAGUCGGGAUCGGCUUAUCUGGUGGUAGCCACUAUCAAGCCCAAUGUGAUUUCGAAGAUCCAUACCUUUGUUACUUUGUACAAGAUGAAUCGGAUGACUUUGAUUGGAUAAGAACAUCUGGAUCAACACCCUCAUCUCGUACUGGCCCUGGGUAUGACCACACAUAUGGAACAUUCCAAGGUUUCUACAUAUACAUUGAAACUUCAAGUCCAAGAAACCUCAACGACAUCGCUCGCCUUUGGACAAUGACAUAUCCUGCAACAAACGGCACAUGCGUCCAGUGGUUCUACCACAUGUACGGGGCCACUGUGAACAGAUUGAGUGUGUACAUAGCCAAUACAGCAGAUACUCUUGGUACACCUGUGUGGUCAAUAAGAAACGAGCAAGGAAAUGUUUGGCGACGUGGACAAAUUUUUGUGCAAACAAGUAGUGCCUACCAGAUAGUGUUUGAAGGAAUUGCAGGAAGUAGUUAUACAGGAGAUAUUGCUUUAGAUGACGUCAGGAUCACCGAUGGAGCAUGUGUGCGAAAUGAAACGUGUGAUAUUAACUGCUUGAACGGCGGAGUCUGUUUCAUCUCAGAUUAUGGAUUCGAAAACUACUGUCAAUGUACGCUUGGUUUUGUUGGACCAACAUGCAAUAUAAAAACUUGCGAUAUUGACUGCUUGAACGGCGGAGUCUGUGUCUCGGAUCACGGAAUUGAGGACUGUCAGUGUAUGUCUGGUUUUGUUGGACCAACAUGCAAUACGUCGCAAACCCAAUGUGAUUUCGAAGAUCCAUACAUUUGUUACUUUGUACAAGAUGAAACGGAUGAUUUUGAUUGGAUAAGAACGUCUGGAUCAACACCCACAUCUGGUACUGGUCCUAAUUAUGACCACACUUACGGAACAUUACAAGGUUCCUACAUGUACAUCGAAACUUCAUAUCCGCGAUACAACAAUGAAACCGCUCGUCUUUGGACAUUGCCAUAUCCUGCAACAAACGGCACAUGCGUUAAGUGGUUCUACCACAUGUACGGGGCCACAGUGAACACAUUGAAUGUAUACAUAGUCGAUACAACAGGUACUGUUGGUGUACCUGCGUGGACAAAUACAAACAACCAAGAAAACCUUUGGCGACUUGGAAAAAUCUCAGUUGAAACAAUGAGUGCCUUCCAAAUAGUGUUUGAAGGAAUUGUAGGAAGGAAUGAUACAGGUGAUAUUGCUUUAGAUGACGUCACGAUCAUUGAUGGAGCAUGUUUGAAAAACGAAACUUGCGAUAUUAACUGCAUGAACGGUGGAGUUUGUGUCAUUUUGGAUUAUGGUAUCGAGAACUGUCAGUGUAUGACUGGUUUUUUUGGACCAACAUGCAAUAGAGAAACUUGCGAUAUUAACUGCAUGAACGGUGGAGUUUGUGUCAUUUUGGAUUAUGGUAUCGAGAACUGUCAGUGUAUGACUGGUUAUUUUGGACCAACAUGCAAUAUAGAUCAAGCCCAAUGUGAUUUCGAAGAUCCAAACCUUUGUUACUUUGCACAAGAUGAAUCAGAUGACUUUGAUUGGAUAAGAACAUCUGGAUCAACACCCACAUAUGGUACUGGUCCUGAGUAUGACCACACUUACGGAACAUUACAAGGUUCCUACAUGUACAUUGAAACUUCAUAUCCGCGAUACAACAAUGAAACCGCUCGUCUUUGGACAUUGCCAUAUCCUGCAACAAACGGCACAUGCGUUAAGUGGUUUUACCACAUGUACGGGGUCACAGUAAACACAUUGAAUGUAUACAUAGUCGAUACAACAGGUACUGUUGGUGUACCUGCGUGGACAAAUACAAACAACCAAGAAAACCUUUGGCGACUUGGAAAAAUCUCAGUUGAAACAAUGAGUGCCUUCCAGAUAGUGUUUGAAGGAAUUGUAGGAAGGAGUGAUACAGGUGAUAUUGCUUUAGAUGACGUCACGAUCAUUGAUGGAGCAUGUUUGAAAAACGAAACUUGCGAUAUUAACUGCAUGAACGGUGGAGUUUGUGUCAUUUUGGAUUAUGGUAUCGAGAACUGUCAGUGUAUGACUGGUUUUUUUGGACCAACAUGCAAUAGAGAUCAAGCCCAAUGUGAUUUCGAAGAUCCAAACCUUUGUUACUUUGUACAAGAUGAAUCGGAUGACUUUGAUUGGAUAAGAACAUCUGGAUCAACACCCUCAUCUCGUACUGGCCCUGAGUAUGACCACACAUAUGGAACAUUACAAGGUUUCUACAUAUACAUUGAAACAAGUCCGAGAAACCUCAACGACAUCGCUCGCCUUUGGACAAUGACAUAUCCUGCAACACACGGCACAUGCGUCCAGUGGUUCUACCACAUGUACGGGGCCACUGUGAACACAUUGAGUGUGUACAUAGUCAAUACAGCAGAUACUCUUGGUACACCUGUGUGGUCAAUAAGAAACGAGCAAGGAAAUAUUUGGCGACGUGGACAAAUUUUUGUGGAAACAAGUAGUGCCUACCAGAUAGUGUUUGAAGGAAUUGCAGGAAGUAGUUAUACAGGAGAUAUUGCUUUAGAUGACGUCAAGAUCACCGAUGGAGCAUGUGUGCGAAAUG